GUCGUGCCCUCCUCCUUCCUCCCAGCUUCUCCGGUCAUCCCAGAGUACGGCCAUUCUCUAUCCCGUCAACCACAUCAGGGCAACCUGCCAAACACCGCACUUGCGCAAUCCAUCCAAACCCCCCCGGCAACUCCCCAAUUCCCUCUCCCGGAGUCAUCGACAUGCUUUCCUCCUCCAACAGCUCAGCUCCCGCCGCGCUGUCUCGCGGGAUACCUCUACAAGAACCAUGCCCUGCCUAUUGUUUCUUCUAGCUCCACCGCCUCGCCCCUGUCUAGCUGACUCGGUGAGUCGGUCACCGCUCCCCAACAAAUAUCGGUUCUUCCUGCCCCAGACCCGUAGGCGGCCAAGUCCGCGGCUUGGCGACGGCGUGCGAAUGGCGGAGAUGACCAGGGUUUGGAGCGGCGGGGAACCGCUCGAGGUUGGGGUUUCCAUGGAGAGUGACCCGAUUGUCGGAGGGGAGGCGCCUUCUCGCUCGAGGUGGGAAGCGAGCCGGUGGGCGCCCGUGGAGGCUGCGCUGAAUCGGAUGAGUAAAUGGCUGGUGGCUGGUUGUUUUGCUUUUGCAGCUAUUUGGAAGCGUGAUGCUGAAAUCAUGUGGGUUUUGCUGGGUGCGGUUGGCAACUCUCUGCUUUCGUUGGUUCUCAAGAAGAUGCUAAACCAUGAAAGACCUGCACCAGCUUUGCGGUCUGAUCCUGGGAUGCCAUCGUCCCAUGCACAAUCCAUAUUCUAUGCUGCGACCGUCCUAGCUCUUUCAUUGUACUACUGGCUUGGGACAAAUUAUCUGACCAUGAUUCUUGGGCCUGCAACUCUGUCGUUGGCUGCCUAUCUGUCUUGGCUACGUGUGUCUCGGGGCCUUCAUACACUAAACCAGGUCAUGGUGGGAGCUGUUGUAGGAUCUGCCGUCGGUGCUCUUUGGUUUGUGCUCUGGCAUUGGCUUGUGCAGGAGGCCUUUGCUUCUUCUGUGCUUGUCAGAGUUGCUGUCAUCCUUGGAUCAUCAGCAUUUUGUGUUAGCUUUGUCGUCUACAUGAUUCGUCACUGGCUCAAGGAUGAGUAAUGUACUUCGGAGCUGCAAUGGGAGAUGGACAGAUAGGCAUGGUGAUUUUGGAAAAGUGAAUCCGUUCCGAUUCUUAUCAGAAUCGCUUGAAAAAAUGGUGACAAAUGGGUUUUGGCGGAGCGAUUCACGAGUGGAACAAUUCUCUUUUCCUUCAGAAACUCUCGGAUUGGGGAAAAUGAAGUUUCACACCGAUUCCUAAUAGUCACAUACGCCUCGUGUCACACUAGUAAUUGUAUUUUUUCCCAGUUAAUCAUUUUUAAGUACAAGGAACUAAAUAUGUUGUAUCUAGAGCAAGCUCAGGAGAUUUAUGUCAGGAAUACAAUUUUUGAUGAAAAAAUAUCCUUCAACAACUCGUUUAGAU